CUGUCUCAUAGAAAGUUUCACAUGUGAAGGAGUUUGGCCUGGAAACAGGUUUCUGGGGAGACAUGUGAUCUGAGUGAGACCUCAGGGAAAGCCCGUUCCUCUGGCCAGUCUUGUUUUUGUUCCUGAUUCUUCAAGCUGAACCCAGAGCUCUCUGCUCCUUCUGGCUGUGUUUGGAAGCUAGCAUGGCUUUGUCUAAUGGGAUGAGGCUGCCUAAAGGGAUUAGCGCGGCGUCUAGUGGACCCCACUUUUAAUCUGCAGCGCUCAGGCUCUCCCUCCUUGGCUGGGAAGGACGCUGCAGCAACACGCUGGAGGACUGGCCCCUUCAGGAGCUGCGACUCUGAGGCCCCCGUUGCCGUUACUGAGUUCACGGGGGUCCCGGGCUAGGGGCCUCAACAUGGGCAGCUCCCGGAGCAGCUCCCUGAAGCGUGGGCCACCUGCUCCCUUCCCAAGGCCCUGAGUCUUCAGCCCCCGGGCUCUCCAAAGUCAGGAGUGGUCGCUGUGCCCUGGGAAGCUACCUGGACUGCGCCCGACAAGCAUGGCACUGCUGAAAGUCAAAUUUGACCAGAAAAAGCGGGUCAAGUUGGCCCAAGGGCUCUGGCUCAUGAACUGGCUCUCCGUGUUGGGUGGCAUCGUCAUCUUCAGCUUAGGGCUGUUCCUUAAGAUCGAACUCCGGAAGAGGAGUGAUGUGAUGGAUAACUCAGAGAGCCAUUUUGUGCCCAACUCCUUGAUAGGGAUGGGGUUGCUGUCCUGUGUCUUCAACUCUCUGGCCGGCAAGAUCUGCUACGAUGCCCUGGACCCUGCCAAGUAUGCCAAGUGGAAACCCUGGCUGAAGCCGUACCUGGCUGUCUAUGUCCUCUUCAACAUCGUCCUCUUCCUGGUGGUCCUCUGCUGCUUCCUGUUGCGGGGCUCACUGGAGAGCACUCUGGCCGAUGGGCUCAAGAACGGCAUGAAGUACUACCGAGACACAGACACCCCCGGCCGGUGUUUCAUGAAGAAGACCAUCGACAUGCUGCAGAUCGAGUUCAAAUGCUGUGGCAACAAUGGCUUUCGGGACUGGUUCGAGAUCCAGUGGAUCAGCAAUCGCUACCUGGACUUCUCCUCCAAGGAAGUCAGAGAUCGCAUCAAGAGCAAUGUGGACGGGCGGUAUCUGGUGGAUGGUGUUCCCUUCAGCUGCUGUAACCCCAGCUCGCCACGGCCCUGCAUUCAGUACCAGCUCACCAACAAUUCGGCUCACUACAGCUACGACCACCAGACAGAGGAGCUCAACCUGUGGGUGCACGGCUGCAGGGCCACCCUGCUAAACUACUACGGCAGCCUCAUGAACUCCAUUGGCGCCAUCACGCUCUUUAUCUGGCUCUUUGAGGUGUCCAUCAUAAUUGGCCUGCGCUACCUACACACAGCACUGGAAAGUGUGUCGAACCCCGAAGACCUUGAGUGCGAGAGUGAGGGCUGGCUUCUGGAAAAGAGUGUGUCGGAGACUUGGAAGGCCUUUCUGGAAAGCUUGAAAAAGCUGGGCAAGAGCAACCAGGUGGAAGCGGAGGGUGCAGACGCUGGCCAGGCCCCAGAGACUGGCUGAUGGCCCGGGGCCCUCUCCCCUCCUGAACACUGAGAAGCAGCGGACUCCAAGAAAGCGGAUACUCCCCUUGUCCAAUCUGAAUCUCCCUAGGAGGGCGGCCAUCUUAUAGAGAUUCUUUCUGAU